GCAAUCCCUGCGCUGCGAGUGCUGGAGGGAAGAACAGUCAAAGGGCACCCGGACUGCCAUUUUCACCAACCCAAAAAAGUCACCAGGUCGUCCUGCUCAACAACACCAGUCGGAAACACCCCCCGACUUAGAGCACCGGCACCAUGGCGAUCCAAAAGAAACACGGCAAGGGCCGUCUUGACAAGUGGUACAAGCUUGCCAAGGAGAAGGGUUAUCGUGCCCGUGCCGCCUUCAAGCUGAUCCAGCUCAACAAGAAGUAUGGAUUCCUCGAGAAAAGCAAGGUCGCUCUCGAUCUUUGCGCUGCGCCCGGUUCGUGGUGUCAAGUCUGCGCCGAGACUAUGCCGACAAACUCCAUCAUCAUCGGUGUCGAUCUUGCUCCCAUCAAGCCCAUCCCCAAGGUCAUUACCUUCCAGAGCGAUAUCACCACCGAAAAGUGUCGCGCAACCAUCCGCUCCCAUCUCAAGACAUGGAAGGCCGACGUCGUUCUUCACGAUGGUGCGCCCAACGUCGGUACUGCUUGGGUCCAGGAUUCGUACAACCAGGCCGAACUUGCCCUGCACUCGCUAAAGCUGGCCACCGAGUUCCUUAUUGAGGGCGGUACGUUCGUCACCAAGGUGUUCAGAUCCAAGGACUACAACUCCCUUCUCUGGGUUUGCAACCAGCUUUUCGCCAAGGUCGAGGCUACGAAGCCCCCUUCGUCCCGUAACGUCUCCGCCGAAAUCUUCGUCGUCUGCCGCGGCUUCAAGGCCCCCAAGCGCAUUGACCCCAAGCUUCUCGACCCCCGCUCCGUUUUCGAGGAUGUGGCCGGCCCCGCCCCCAACAACGAAGCCAAGGUGUACAACCCCGAAGUCAAGAAGAGAAAGAGAGAGGGUUAUGAGGAGGGAGACUACACCCAGUUCAAGGAGAUCUCUGCCAGCGAGUUCAUCAACACUGUCGAUCCCAUCGCCAUUCUCGGCCAGUACAACAAACUCAGCUUUGAGCAACCCAAGAACGGCGAUGUAGCAUUGGCUGCCCUCGACAAGCUCCCCGAAACGACCGAAGAAAUCCGUCUCUGCUGCGCCGAUCUCAAAGUGCUCGGCAGGAAAGAGUUCAAGCUUCUCUUAAAAUGGCGUCUAAAAGUACGGGAGAUCUUCGGCUUCCCCUCCAAGAAGACCCAGAAGGCAGCUGUGGACGAGGAGGUUGCGGUAGUGGAGAACAUGGAUGAGGAGCUUAGGAUCCAGGAGGAGCUGCAAAGGAUCAAGGAGAAGGAGACCUCCAAGAAGAAGCGCGAGAGGAGGCGCGAGAAUGAGAAGAAGCAAAAGGAGAUUGUCCGCAUGCAGAUGAACAUGACUGCGCCCAUGGAUAUUGGUGUGGAGCAGGAAGGUCCCCGUGGUGAGGGUGCCAUGUUCCGUCUCAAGACUAUCGACCAGAACGCUGCCCUGAAUAAGAUCGCCAAGGGCAAGAUGGCCGUUAUCAAAGAGACCGAGAAACCGAAGGAUUACGACUUUGGCUCCGACGGCGAAACCGACGAGAGCGACGAGGAGGCCGAUCGUCUGGAGGAAGAGCUCGACAACCUGUACGAUCAGUACCGGGAGCGGAAGGCGGCGGCCGAUGCCAAGUACCGUGCCAAGAAGGCCAGGAAAGAGAACGGCGACGAUGAAUGGGAAGGCGUAUCUGGCGAUGAGGAGAAGGGUAGCGACGACGAUGACGAUGAGGAACUAGAAGUGGACAGCAGUGAUGAUGAUUCCGACUCAGAGGAUGGUGAAUCUGGCAAGAAACUUAUAACAGAUCUAGACGGCCAGCCAGAAGAGAAGGAUGGUCUGUCCAAGCGGGCCAAGAACUUCUUCAGUCAAGGUAUCUUUGCGGAGAUACCAGGACUUUUGGAGGAGCCAGAAUCUGAGGAGGAGGAGGCUCAGGAGGCUGAGCUUGUUGAGGCUGUGGAGGACCUCAAGGUUACCAAGAAGGAGAAGAAGGAAGCCAAGGAAACCAAGGCCAAGAGCAAGAAGGCGGCCGAGGAGAGCGAUGACGACGACGAUUUCGAGGUUGUCAAGAACAACGAGGAUGACGACUGGGAGAACGUUGAGAAGAAGAAGAAGAACGGCAGGCCUGACAUCGACAUCAUCACCGCCGAGGCCAUGACCCUCGCCCACCAGCUCGCGACCGGCGAGAAGACAAGUUACGACGUCAUCGACGACGGUUACACCAAGCACGCCUUCAAGGACCGCGACGGUCUUCCCGACUGGUUCCUUGACGACGAGUCCAAGCACGACAAGCCGCACAAGCCCAUCACCAAGGCCGCAGCGCAGGCCAUUAAGGAGAAGCUCCGGGCCUACAACGCCCGUCCUAUCAAGAAGGUGGCCGAGGCCAAGGCCAGGAAGAAGUUCAAGCAGGCCCAGAGGCUGGAGAAGCUCAAGAAGAAGGCCGAUAUGCUUGCCGGUGACGAUGGCAUGUCAGAAAAGGAAAAGGCUGCUAGCAUUUCGAAGCUCAUGGCGUCGGUUGCUAAGAAGACGAGGAGGGCGCCUAUCAAGGUUGUCAAGGCUGCUGGUUCCAACAAGGGUCUCCAGGGCAGACCUAAAGGAGUCAAGGGCAGGUACAAGAUGGUGGAUCCUCGUAUGAAGAAGGAGUUGAGGGCGAUGAAGAGGAUUUCCAAGAAGAAAUAGACGUCGUGUCCAGCAGCAGUAUAGUUGGUGGAAGUUUUAAUUGCGAUACCUUUUUACCUGUUCAUAUCGUUGUAGAAGACGGUUGUUAUGACAAGACAGAUCUUGUUAUGCUUGUAUAUCAAAGGGGGAUUGAAUGGUCAAUAAAGAGAGCAGCACUGUUAAAAGCUUUCAAG